UUCGGUGGUCAUCGUGGAGGAAUGGUGGUCAUAGCUCUACAAACCCAGCUUUUACCCUAAGAGUCUACGCUCAAGGACCAUGUGCGCUGGAACGCCGAGCCUGACGCUGCUCACGCUGAACAGGUGUUCUGUGGCUGAACAAGGCUGAACCUUCGAACACGCGGUGAUGCGACUGUGUAGCAAGUGCGAUUCGGCGCGAGCUGUUCUCAAGCGUCCUAAGACAGGGGACGCAUUGUGUAAAGAAUGCUUCUAUGUUGCCUUCGAGACGGAGGUGCAUGAGACGAUCGUGCGGGCACACCUGUUUCAACAGGGCGAUUAUGUGGCCAUAGCUGCAUCAGGAGGCAAAGACUCAACUGUGCUGGCGUAUGUGAUAAAGCUGCUCAAUGAACGGCACAAGUAUGGGCUCCGGCUGGUGCUACUGUCAAUUGAUGAAGGCAUCACAGGAUACAGAGAUGAUUCACUAAAGACUGUCGAGUCUAACCGAGAGGAGUAUGGCAUUCCAUUGGAGGUGUUGUCCUACAAGGACCUCUAUGGCUGGAGUAUGGACGAGAUUGUGGCACAGAUUGGGCGCAGAAACAACUGCACUUUCUGUGGAGUGUUCCGUCGACAGGCACUGGAUCGUGGUGCCGCAAAGCUUGGUGUCAACAAGAUGGUCACAGGGCACAAUGCAGAUGACAUUGCAGAAACAGUCCUUAUGAAUGUGCUGCGGGGUGACAUUGCCAGGCUCCAGCGGUGCACAGCCAUAACUACCGGAUCGGAAGGUGCCAUUCCCCGAUCUAAGCCCUUCAAGUACACAUAUGAGAAGGAGAUUGUCAUGUAUGCCCACUUCAAGAAGUUAAACUACUUCUCUACGGAGUGCAUCUAUUCCCCAAAUGCUUACAGAGGCCAUGCUCGGGCGUACCUCAAGGACCUCGAAGCUAUUAGGCCAACAUCCAUUCUAGACAUCAUUCACUCCGGUGAGUGCAUGGCUGUCAAGGAGGGAGUUCGACUUCCUCAGAAAGGAACAUGCAGUCUUUGUGGCUACAUCUCCAGCCAGCAGUUCUGCAAGGCCUGCGUGCUUCUCAAGGGACUCAACCAGGGUGUGCCCAGGUUGGGAGUCGGUAAAAGCUCUAAAGAUAAGGCAAAGUUUGCUGAACUGCAAGCACUCAAGUCGGAAGUUUCAGUUUCUGGAGUCCUGCCCUCGUCACCAGCUCGCCAUAAUGCGUCAAUAGAGUGGUAACCCUAAGGGAAAUGGUUACCAUUCUGUGUAAUAUGUAAUAUCACCUUGUAUUGUUUGCCUUGCAUUGUGAUUGGUUCUGUGGAUCAUAGGAGCACAUACAUGACAUGUUUGACAUUUUUUGCUUUAAAUGACAGUAUUCUGCUUUAGAUGACUGUAAAUAAAAGUCACUGUUGCUGUUCCUGAAAGCAUCCUACACAAAUGAGUCAAUUUAUUUUCUUGUGAAGUGUUGUAACAGUGUAACAGCAGAUAACGGUCAUGGGGGAGCAGGAAAUAAAGUUUCAGCUCCUCAAUCGCUGGGCACUGACUUCAGGCUGCAAAAUGAGAAUUAGCAUUAGCAGGUGACUUAGCAAGCUGCAGUUAGAGCCAAAAUAGAUGAUUGUAAUUACAUUCUGAAUGACUACAGCUCUAAACUGUGUUUUCUCCAAAAAGGAAAAAGUGCACAAAUAUCAAUGUCCGGAAUUUUUGUACGUUCUGCACAUUGGAUUAAAACUUGUUGCAAUCUUGUCGGUUUGACAACAUUGACUUGUUUGUACACAUCAGUCCAUUGCGUUGUUGCAUUAAUAAAACAUUAAUGAUAAUAGGGUA